CGAGCACGAGUUCCAGCUAGCCUAGCAGUCGGAGGACGGUUGCUUGGUAUUAUUAGCAAGCGGGAAGUAUGGCGGUGGCGCGCGUCGACGCGGCUUUGCCUCUUGGAGAAGGAUCAGUGGUCAAUUGGUCAGGACAGGGGCUACAGAAAUUAAGUCCAAACUUACCCUAUGAAGUUGAUAUUCAUACUUUGAUUCUGGAUAAAAAUCAGAUUAUUAAAUUGGAAAAUCUUGAGAAAUGCAAACGUUUAAUACAGUUGUCAGUGGCUAACAAUCGGCUGGUGCGGAUGAUGGGUGUGGCCAAACUGACCCAACUCCGGGUGUUAAAUUUGCCUCAUAAUAGCAUUGGCUAUGUGGAAGGCCUAAAGGAGCUAGUACAUUUGGAAUGGCUGAAUUUGGCAGGAAAUAAUCUCAAGGCCAUGGAACAAAUCAAUAGCUGCACAGCUCUUCAACACCUCGAUUUAUCAGACAAUAACAUACCCCAGAUAGGUGAUCUAUCUAAAUUGGCAUCACUGAAGACCCUACUUUUACAUGGAAAUAUCAUCACCUCUCUUAGAAUGGCACCUGCUUAUCUGCCCAGAUGUCUUGCUAUACUUUCUUUGGCAGAAAAUGAAAUCCGGGACUUAAAUGAGAUCUCUUUUCUGGCAUCCUUAACUGAAUUGGAACAGUUGUCGAUCAUGAACAAUCCUUGUGUGAUGGCAACACCUUCCAUUCCAGGGUUCGACUAUCGGCCAUACAUCGUCAGCUGGUGCUUAAACCUCAGAGUCCUAGAUGGAUAUGUGAUUUCGCAGAAGGAAAGUUUAAAAGCUGAAUGGCUGUAUAGUCAAGGCAAGGGGAGAGCAUAUCGGCCUGGCCAGCACAUCCAGCUUGUCCAGUAUCUGGCUACAGUCUGUCCUCUCACUUCUACGCUGGGUCUUCAGACUGCAGAGGAUGCCAAACUAGAGAAGAUUCUGAGCAAGCAGAGGUUUCACCAGAGGCAGUUGAUGAACCAGAGCCAAAAUGAAGAGUCGUCUUCUCUUGCUUCUGUUGAAACAAGGGCAUCCCUUGUACUGGAGCAUUCCAGCCCCAUUCAAGAUUGCCAGGUAGUCCAGGAAAGUGAACCCGUCAUCCAGGUCAAUUCUUGGGUUGGGAUAAGCAGUAAUGAUGACCAUUUAUAUGCUGUUAAGAAUAACUUUCCAGCCUCUGUACACACUACAAGAUAUUCUCGAAAUGACCUGCACCUGGAAGACAUCCAGACAGAUGAAGACAAGUUAAACUGUAGUCUUCUCUCUUCAGAGUCUACUUUUAUGCCAGUUGCGUCAGGACUCUCUCUAGUAUCGCCUACAGUUGAGGUGAGGCUGCAAGACAUUAACUUGGGCCUAGAAGAUGAUGGUACUGCCGAUGAAUCUGUGAAAUGUCCGGAAAACAACGGCUUUGAUAAGGAAGGGGAAAAGGCUUUUUGGGCUGCAAAUGAGAAUUCUGUUGAGAUGACAAAAAGUGCUAUCAGUACAGAGGUAAAUGAGAAAGAUGGGCUAUUACUUUGUCCUGAGCCAACAGUAACCAAUGCUGUCAUAAAGGACGACACCCACAGUCUUACAUCUUUUCCUGAGUCAGUUGGACAUGAUGUCUUCCAUGCACAGCCAGACAGUGAAGAAACCAUGUCUCAAACAGCCUCAGAGAAACUUCCUUGCAGGGUUUUAACCCACAGAUCUCUUACUUUGGGACAAAAUAAAGUUGCCCUUCAGAAAUUGAAUGAAGCAGCCACCAAGCUUCAGGCCUGUUGGCGGGGCUUUUAUGCCAGAAACUACAACCCACAAGCUAAAGAUGUACGCUAUGAAAUCCGGCUGCGCCGGAUGCAGGAGCACAUUGUCUGCCUAACUGAUGAAAUAAGGAGAUUACGAAAAGAAAGAGAUGAAGAACGUAUUAAAAAAUUUGUAGAAGAAGAGGCUGUCAGAUUCCUUUGGAACCAGGUAAGGUCUCUACAAGCUUGGCAGCAGACGGUGGACCAGCAUCUAAGUUCCUGCUGUCCUGAUGUUCCUCCUGUAUCAAGUACUCUGGUGCCAUCUAACCCUCCAUUAUUCACCCAAAGUCAGGAGCCCUCUUCUGAUCAAAACUCCGAUUGGUUCAUUGCUCCUGAUGAAGCUCCUCAAGAGAAAUCCUUACCAGAAUUUCCAGACUCUGGUUUUCAUUCCUCCUUAACAGAACAAGUUCACUGUUUACAGGAUUCUUUGGAUUUUGAAAAAAGUUCCACAGAAGGUAGUGAAAGUUCCAUAAUGGGGAAUUCCAUUGACACAGUCAAAUAUGGCAAAGAGUCAGAUAUAGGGGAUGUUAGUGAAGAACAUGGUGAAUGGAGUAAGGAAAGCACAAACAAUGAGCAGGAUAAUAGUCUGCUUGAACAGUAUCUAACUUCAGUUCAACAGCUAGAUGAUGCUGAUCAGAGGACACAUUUUGAUGAAGGGACGGGAGAUAGUAAGCCUCACAUAGCUCAUUCCCCUGAAAACUUAGAUACCUUGUCUGACAGUGCUCCUGUAGAUGACACUCAUGGCACAUCUCCUACUUUGCAAGAUGAAAUCAAUCAGACACCAGAGAAUUGUGAAUUAAAUGCAGAAGUUCAAGGGCAGCAGUCAGAAUGUAAUUCUACAUUUCAGGUAUUGCAUGUUGGUAUUAUUGUGUAGCAUGUCUGGUUGUUUGGGAAGCAGAAGUCCACUUGAUUUAAGAAUAUUUUCAGUUGGCUUCUUUUGAGAAAGAAGAAUAUUUCUCCCAAUUCUGUUACUAUUUAUAUAGAAUUUAUAUUCUUGUCUCAUAUUUUCCACAUCUUAGGUACUAAGCUGAAUCUUCAUUUUGAUUUAGUUAGCUAUUUACUUAAGCUGUAAUGUAUCAAACAAUAUUCAUAUUGAAAGCCACAUGCACUUUAUUAACAACUAAAUUGAAUCAACAGUGUUCCUGUGUUUUUGUGUAUUCAUUUCCUUUCAAAAAUAAACUAGAAUACCUUAAAGAAGAUAGAAAAAUUUACCUUAAAGAUAUAAAUAAGAGAAUUUUAGUUCUUCUGUAUGUGAGGAAAUUAAUUAUGUAGUGAGGAAUGCAGUUGGUUACAGUGAACAUAAAUGACAAAUGUAAGGAUUGUGAACUACUGAAAUUUGCCAUCCUCCUUGGAGUAAGAACAUGUGUUUUUAAGCCUUUUUCCUCCCUUAUGAGUCAAGGGAAGCCUUCCUGUAAGCGAAUAGGGAGAAGAGGUAAGAUUAUAUGAUGAUUCAGUGGGGAUGAUUAGAUUGUCUCAUGGAAAACUUUAGUUAAUACCAUGUAUCAGUUUUAACAUAUGAAGCAAAGUGUUCCAUCCAGAAUUAAAGUCAAGUUUAUUUAGAGGCAACACAAGACUAUUUCUCUUAGGUAUAGGCUCCAUUCACUUGGAAUAAUGUCACAGCAAACAUUUAUUAUCUUUUCAUUUGGUAAUUUUUUUACCCCAUAGAUAAGCACUUAUGUGCCAAUAUAUUGCCAGAAAUUAAUAUUUGUUUUCUUUGUUCCUGCUUUAUAUUUGCUUAUGUUUUUCAGCAGAGGCCCAUGAUCAUUUACUUCAUUCUUGACCUCUGCCUCAUAG